ACCUUUUUGACAUUGACAUUUCAUUAAAGUUCGAUUUCUUUAAAUUCGCUGCGUGAUAUCCGAAUCACGUUUUAGUUUUAGAUUAGUUAAAAUAGUGUCCAAAAUAGCAAAAUGUCCUUGUUCGGCGAUAUAUUGUCCAUGAACAAGAAUGAGGAGAAGACACAGCAGGCGGGGGCGAGUCUAUCCCCAUAUUUGAACUUCGAUCCCCAUAUCAUACCGAAAAUGCAACCAGAAUUCUUGUAUCCUGAUGACAGUCACAUGGCAUCCACAGCCAGAAGGUCUAACGUAGCACUGCCUAUUAUUGGAAUGUCCUUUAUGACCGGAUCAGGCUUGGGUGGUAUGGCAGGUUUAUACAGAGGAUUGAGAGCCACAACACUAGCAGGACAGACAGGCAAAGUGCGACAAACCCAAAUUAUCAACUACAUCAUGAAGCAAGGAACGAACACUGGCUGCACUCUCGGCAUCAUCGCGUCAUUCUACUCGUGUAUCGCGCUGGGCGUGACAUGGCUACGCGACAAGGAAGACACUGCGAACACCUUCAUCGCCGCCACUACCACCGGCAUCAUUUACAAGAGCACCUCCGGACUGCGCUCCAUGGGUCUCGGCGCCGCUGUCGGCCUAACCCUCGCUGGAGUCUACACACUCAUCACCGACAACGACAAUAUAUGGAGCAAAGCUAGAUACAAUAGAUUGUGAUUCAAAACCGCCUAUAGUCAUGUAAAUAUUUAAUAGACUGUUAUGUUUAGUUUUUUGUUAUGACGACGCCAAAGGAUCUGUCGGGACGCCGGGACUUAUUUGUGCCAUGUCCCCCCGUACCUGUUUAGAUUUAUGUAUUGUGCUUUUUGGUAUCCAUAAACUGCGCUCUACAGUUGUGUAGCUCUUGCCACAGUAGCAAUUGUUGUACUUAAUAAAAUAUUCAUCCCGUUUUCAAUGGUAUAUUUAUUGGAUAAAUAUUGAAGUAUGUCACUUACUCGUAGGCCUUUUGAAUAUCAAUAAAAUGGUUUCCUACACCAAAACUAAAGUGGGUAAUUUGUAAAUUAUUGUAGUAGUCAAAAGGUAUACAAUUGCUUAGCAGUAUAGAUAAUACUAAUCUUGUAUAUAAUGUAGUAGACUAUUUAAUCUACAUUUUUAUAGCUGCUGAUUUAUACAGCUAGUGUAUAAACGCAGUACAUUAUAUUAAUAUAUUUUCUAGUGAGGUUUAUUUACUCACAAUUAUCUCUCAUAUUUACUCAGCCGUACAUAUAAACUAAUUUAUCUCAUGGUUCAUGUGUAUUUGCAUACAGUUUAUGGAUAGCACAACCCUGUAUUACGUACAUAUUCCCGCCUUGUCGUAUCAGGACCGCACAAAUAUGCAUAAGCGUUAAUAAAUGAGUUAUUUGAAAAAUAAA